AUGGACUUUACGUCGGAUCUGAACUCGCGAGACAGCAGCAAUGGAUCCAGCGCCGGUGGUAGGUCGUCUUCUUCCCCCGCGGGGCAGCUCUCUAGCGGCCAGGAAUUUAUGAACGAUGAUGAGAUCCAGAUAUCGAACUUGCAAGAGACAAAGGACGCGCUGUUGCAACAGAGAGCCAAGCUACUUGCACUCGUCGCCAACCGCAAGAAAGAACUAGCAGCAGUGCAGCAGCGGAGCGCCAAUGCGAGACAGCAGCAAACCGAUGCCGAGGAGUCUCUCAUCCCUAAGGAUCCGGGCGGGCUGCUAGAGCUCUUUACCAAGGCACUAAACACUAGCACGGGGCUGGCUGAGAAAAGGAGCACACGCACGCAGAUCAAUGGUGCAUCCCAGCUAGAAGAGGAGCUCCUUAACAAGUACGACGUUCUGCCACUUCUAAAUCGGAAUUUGCGUUUGGCUGCGCUCGUGCGUUCGUGUCCGCAUAUGCGGAUAGAAUCUGCCAAUCCUUCAGAUAUGCGUAUUCGCUACCUUGUUGACUAUCAGGAUGAAGAUCUAUUUCAAUUACACUGCAAUAUUGACAUCGAUUCAUCAACCGGGUAUGUGCGGUCCUUCUCAGACGUGCAACUGAUAUCAGAUAUGCCAGAGCACACCCUGGGAUUACUAAAAGAGUAUACGAUCAGGACCGGCAACAUUGCAUAUUUGCUAUUUGGUUGUAAUGAAUACACUAGGCUUUGCAUCCGUAGGAACGCCGUGCUCUCGAGUCUCCAAGAUUCCGCUUGCAAGACAAUCCCUCAUCUGAAAGUCGUACAGCAUAGCAUGGACCUCAUAAAAUUUGCUAAAAAUUCGUGGCAGAUAGAGGUCCGAUUUGACGUCCUUUUCAUUGAGGAACGGCUGCCGUUCCCAUCUUCCAACAUACAGGCUACUCUUUACAAAAAUGGCGCCAUGAUGGAAGACGUGCAGGAUAUCUUAAACGGUCUGAUUCGCGAAUAUGGCGUUAAAGAAGGAAUACUACAACUAAUUAGAUCGCUUUAUAUAUGA